GAUAUCUUCUAGAUAAAUAUUAUAUUUGGUUAUUUAAAAAAGCUGAAGAUAAACGACUUGAAAUGGUUGAAUCCAAAAAACCAUUUGUAAAAAAUCCAGGUUAUGAGCAUCCUAAUUCCAGAUAUUAUAGUACAUCAUUAAAUUCUAUGUUAUCAG